UCAUUUGAUUAACAAGAUGAAAUUCUUUACGGUAUUAUUCUUUAUCGCUUUCGUGGUCGUCCUAGUAAAUGGGCAACGUGGAUAUGGGCGACGAGGACCAGUCAGACUAGUUGGAAGGCUCCUUAGCCGUCUUGGAGGAUUUGGUGCUUUUGCAAGAGUUCGCGGACCUGCACCACUGUUCCCAUUUGGACCGCGCCCAGGCAGACCUCAUGCACCUGAAUCUUCAUCUGCUACACCUGUAUCUUCAUCUGAUGCACCUGUAUCUUCGUCUGCUGCACCUGUAUCUUCGUCUCAGUCCCCUGAAUCUUCAUCUGCUGCACCUGUAUCUUCGUCUGCUGCACCUGAAUCUUCGUCUGCUGCACCUGUAUCUUCAUCUGUUGCACCU